GGGUGCGCAUGCGCUCUAGCGGCACGGGUGGGUUGGCUGUCCCUCUAGUCACCUCAGGCUUCGCUACUCCGCCCCGCCCCUUAUAGUGGCGCUCUCGCCAUCUUACCCCCCCCAGUCCAGCCUAGCUCAGUCCCCUUUUCCCUUUCUACAAUUUCUGCCACCCCCCCGCUCCCCGCCCCCCUGCCCGUCGUGUCCCGGGGCCGCCGCCGCAGACACCGCGCCAUCUCUGUCCCCUCUCAUUCUCCACGCGGGACGCGCAGCCGUGCCUCCACGUGUCUUAAGCAGAGAGCAGCUUUGGGAGACAAACAAAUUAUUCCUGAAAGAUGGAGAGAGUGGACCUGAGAGAUGAAUAAUACUGCAGCCAGCCCUAUGUCUACUGCCACUUCAAGUAGUGGAAGAAAUGCAGGGAAGACUAUAAGCUUUGCGGCUGAGUUGCAGAGCAUGAUGUUUUCUUUAGGUGAUGCUAGGAGGCCUCUCCAUGAAACUGCAGUUUUGGUAGAAGAUGUGGUUCAUACACAACUAAUUAACCUGUUACAGCAAGCUGCAGAAGUCUCUCAGCUUCGAGGAGCAAGAGUGAUCUCAGCAGAAGAUCUUCUGUUCUUGAUGAGAAAAGAUAAGAAAAAACUUAGAAGACUUCUAAAGUACAUGUUUAUCCGAGACUACAAGUCAAAGAUUAUCAAAGGCAUUGACGAGGAUGACCUCCUGGAAGAAAAACUGAGUGGCAGCAGCAGCAGCAGUACGAACAAGAGACAGAAGAUCGCUCAGGACGUGAUCACCUCUAUUGACCAGACAGGAGAGCUGCUGGCAAUGUUUGAAGACAACGAGCUCGAUGAUGUCAAACAGGAGAGAAUGGAGAGAGCAGAAAGACAGACUCGAACUAUGGAUUCAGCUCAAUAUGCAGAAUUCUGUGAAAGCCGACAGUUAAGUUUCUCCAAAAAAGCUUCCAAAUUCCGAGACUGGCUGGACUGCAGCAGCAUGGAGAUAAAGCCCAAUGUCAUAGCUAUGGAAAUCCUGGCAUAUCUGGCAUAUGAAACAGUGGCCCAGUUGGUGGAUCUGGCUCUUCUUGUGAGGCAAGAUAUGGUGUCCAAGGCAGGGGACCCCUUCAGCCAUGCCAUUUCUGCAACUUUCAUUCAGUACCACAACUCCGCUGAGGGGUCCUCCUGUUUGAAGUCCAGCCCGGACUCUCCUGAGAACACACCUCCUCCUACACCAACAGCUCCCUCUUCUGGAUCACAGCAUUCAGGUAGAGCUGUAUCUGGUUCCCUGGGGAAUGGGAGCACAGGACAAGACUCUGCCAAAACCAAGCAGAGGAAGAGGAAAAAGAGCACUGCGGCCUGUGGUGUCGAGGCUCACAGCGAUGCCAUCCAGCCCUGCCACAUCAGAGAGGCGAUUCGACGCUACGGCCACAAGAUUGGCCCUCUCUCCCCAUUCACAGUUUCUUGGUUGUUGGCACUUAGCUGUCACCUUCACACUCCACCCCGUCAGCCACUGUUGAGAUGACUUCAUUACUCCUACUUUUUUCUGCUCUUGGAAGCAUAACAGCAGGAUUCUGUAUUUCCAAAUGGAGCGGUGCUUCAGGAAUCUGUUCAGUCAGUGUCUUCAGCAAGAUUGACAGGAGAAAGAGAAGCUCUCGGCUUACUUGGUUCCUGCAGCAGUAACUUACCUGGGGAAGCCAGGGAAUUUGUUAACAAGAAAUUAUUCAGGCCCAUUUUGAAACCUCCUGGUGUUACCUGAAACUGGUAUUUUCCUCUAACAUCCAUAGUGAUUGCUUUUUCUGGACCUUUAUUUUGUGGUGGUAGUCAGCAUCUCACAUUAAUUUAAUCAUUUACCCAAAGUAGCUGGGCUAUUUUAAAGGUGUGUGUCUGUUUGUGUGUGUCUGUGUGUGUGUGUAUGUGUGUGUAUGUGUGUGUGUGUUCUCAGCAACAGGACAUUUGGGACAGCAUAAAAGUGAUAGUUGUUCAAACACAGGAACACACCACAGAAUGCUAGAAUCAUCAGAAUAACUUCAAAGAAAGAAACUUGUUUUUUCCAAUACAGUAUAACAUGCUUUACUCCACAAAUAGGAAUUGUUGAACUAGUAUUUAACUUACUGAUGUAGUUGCACUGCUAAUUUUACAAUAGAAGUAACUGUUAGAAAUUUAGAAUUUAGAACAGCAAAAUUGAUAGGUGCUCUUAGGAUACCCAACGUAUAUUGAAGGUCAUAUACAAGGUAAGAAAAA